GGGCGGCUGGGAAAGGAGGCCGAGCCCAGCGGUGCGCGUCCCGGGAGCUGCGCCUCCGUGCGCCCCUGCGCGCUUUCGUGCGCCCCUGCUCCGGUGCGCCUUCGCCGGCUCCAAAGCGGGAUGAAUAACGCAACUAACGUUUCCGAGUCGUCUCUCGCCGAGACGGGAAGCGAAGUGACCGGCCUGGUGCCGACGACGACGAUGGGGCUGGGCUUCUUCCCUUCAGACCUCAGUUAUUUGGUCGUGGGUGACGGCUCCCGUCUCAGGGCAGAGCAAAACCAGUCCCACGAUGGUCAGGACCUCUUCUUGACCACUUCAGCAGCCAAGGCGAUCUCCGGUCUCUUUGUUUGGUCUGCUCUGCUGAUCACGUUCCACCAGAUCUUUCUUCACCUGAAAAAUUACACCAUUCCCAACGAGCAGCGGUACAUCAUUCGGAUCCUGUUCAUCGUCCCCAUCUAUGCCUUUGACUCCUGGCUCAGCCUCUUGCUGAUCGGCAGCCACCAGUAUUAUGUUUAUUUCGACUCUGUGCGCGAUUGCUACGAAGCGUUUGUGAUCUACAGUUUCCUGAGCCUCUGUUUCGAGUACCUCGGCGGAGAGAGCACUAUCAUGGCGGAGAUCCGGGGGAAACCCAUCGUGUCUAGCUGUUUCUAUGGGACGUGCUGCCUGCAAGGGAUGUCGUAUUCAAUUGGGUUCCUUCGGUUUUGCAAGCAGGCAACGCUGCAGUUCUGCAUCGUGAAGCCCCUGAUGGCCGUUCUCACGAUUGUCCUACAAGCCUUUGGCAAAUACAACGACGGCGACUUCAACAUCCGUAGCGGAUACCUUUAUAUCACUAUCAUCUACAACUUCUCAGUCAGCAUGGCGCUCUACGCCCUUUUCCUCUUCUACUUCGCCACCAAGGACCUUUUGCGUCCCUUUGAGCCCGUCCUGAAGUUCCUCACCAUAAAGGCAGUCAUCUUUCUCUCGUUCUGGCAAGGGAUGUUGCUGGCUAUCUUGGAGAAGUGUGGGGUGAUCCCAGAGGUCCAGAUUAUCGACGGGAAGCCGGUGGGGGCUGGGACAGUAGCCGCCGGCUACCAGAACUUUAUCAUCUGCAUCGAGAUGCUGUUUGCCGCCAUUGCCCUCCGCUAUGCGUUCACUUGCCAAGUGUACAGGGAGAAAAAGGAAAAUUCGACAACAAACCUGGCCCCAAUGCAAAGCAUCUCCAGCGGACUGAAGGAGACCAUGAGCCCCCAAGACAUCGUCCAAGACGCCAUCCACAACUUCUCCCCGGCGUACCAACAUUACACCCAGCAGUCCAUGAAAGACGCGGAGACCCAGGAACCCGCCGAGAACGGAAGCGCGGAACCCAAAGCCGAGUCUUCCGGCAAGAAGAGCAAAAACAUUGAGAAAAGGAUGCUGAUCUUUUCAGACGACGAAUCCUAAGAUCGGCUCCCGAGGGAGAGCAGGGUUGGGGUGAACUCCCCCCCCCCUUUCCCCUCCCUCCAGAACUGGACUUUCUCAAAUGAACUGGCAGGGGGAGAAAACCGGGGCGGGGUGGGGGUGGGGUUUCUUAUUUGCUCCAUCGGCUAACGCUCAGGUGAAACCGAGUACUUGAAAGCCCAGCUUUUCGAAAGUGUUAGUCUUUGAUUUUGGACUAUGUCUAGAGCUGUUCUCUCCUGCUAAUGGCGGGAGAGGAAGAAAUGAAUGUUGGGUUCCAGGUGUAUCAAGAUGUACCUCUGUCCUCCUUCUGUGAGUGAGGAGGACUCUGGGUCAGCAUCUCCGGCUGAAAACACAAAAACUACUUUCACAAUUGGGCAGAAAAAGAGCAGUCGAACGGGCCAGAUCUCAGCUUUUCCUAAAGAAGAAUAUCAGAGGGAACCUAGCAGCCCCAAUCUAACAAUUGUUUCUUAAGCUGUGUUGGUAGGAUCCGGACGUCGCUUCCGAUGGGACCGGGCCAGUUGCAAGAUGCGACCCACUGUGUUGGGACGGAAAUUGAGAGACCUCAAUGGGGUACCAGGGUCCUGUUCUUCUCCAGAUGGUGUCCUUUGGCCCCAGAGAGGACAGGCCUUUGGUCCCCAAAAGAUCGACUGGAGGCUAUCCGAUGAAGCAUCAAUGGUGCCAUUUUGUUCUGGACGCUGAAUUUUUUGUAUACGUGUCUUCGAAUGGUAGUGUGUUGAAACAGAGAAGUGUCCAGUUUCAGAAAACUUGGUGUCACAGAGCAGUUGGAAAGGGUACUUCUUGCUUAUGCCUGUACGUGGGGAAGGAAAGGGUGUUGAGGAACGCAGGCGGAAAAGCCGUGUUUCAUUGGGUAUAUUACUGCAGGGGUUAGUUUCGCACCUGGGUCCUUGCGGAUUCGAUACCUGGAGUGAGUCUGCAUCCUAUGCUUCGACGUAGGUGCUAUGAACGUAGCUGUGUUGUGUGUAGGUCCUGUUCUCCCCCCCCCCCCCCCCCAGUUAUGGGCACGUUUGGUACAGCUGUACGCCCCAUACCCCUUCAUAUUGCACUUAUGGGAAGAUGGCACACGUUCCCCACUAGUGAUGUUAUCUAAGUGGCGUCAGAAAGGCGUAAGCUUGUUAAAGUUGACGGGCAUACUGCGUCGUUCAACUCUGCUUUGGGUGGCUUUUAACUCUUGAAUGUUUAUGAGCCAAAAAUCUUCUUGGUCUCUGAAGUGCUCCUGGACUCGAACCCAGCUCUUUGUCUGCAGACUCUCUGCGGCUACUCUCUGAAACCAUAUAUUUA